AUGUCCAGCCUAAAGGUGCAUCUCACGGCUCCCAACGGCCGCCGAAUUGAGCUCUCGACGGGUUUAUUCAUCAACAAUGAAUUCGUCUAUAGUGAAAAGAAAGAGCUGAUUACAAGCAUUUGUCCUGCUGACGAAUCUAUCAUCGCCAGUGUACAAGCUGCUUCGGCGGAAGAUAUGAACAAAACGGUCGCCGCGGCCAGGGCAGCUUUGCAAGACCCUACUUGGGCUGCCUUGGAUCCCACCGACCGUGGUCAUCUCAUCUACGAGCUUGCACGUCUAGUAAGAGAAAACCGGGAGGAUCUAGCCACUCUAGAGUCCUGGGACAAUGGAAAGCCAUAUUCCGUUGCUCUUGAAGAGGACAUGAUGGAGGUAAUCGGGUGUCUGGAAUAUUACGCUGGCUUCGCAGACAAGAUGCAUGGGCAGGUCAUUCCAGGCUCACCCGAGAAGCUAGUAUAUACGAUCCAUGAGCCCGUGGGCGUCUGUGGUCAAAUAAUUCCCUGGAACUAUCCCCUGGGUAUGGCAGCUUGGAAACUGGGACCAGCACUCGCGUGCGGCAACACUGUUAUUUUGAAACCUGCUGAACAGACUCCACUAAGUAUCCUGUACCUUGCAGAUCUGGUGAGGAGAGCUGGGUUCCCUCCUGGUGUCGUGAAUAUCGUCAAUGGCUACGGACGAGUGGCUGGKGCGGCUCUUGCGCAACACCCAGACGUCGAUAAAAUUGCAUUUACAGGGAGUACAGCGACCGGCCGAGAAAUAAUGAAGUUGGCAGCAGGAACGCUGAAGAGCAUCACUCUCGAGACUGGGGGCAAAUCUCCGUUGAUAGUCUUUGAUGAUGCUGAUUUGGACCAGGCAGCUAAAUGGGCACACCUGGCUAUAAUGAGUAACCAGGGCCAGAUCUGCACUGCUACAAGUCGGGUCAUCGUCCAGCAUACUAUCUUGGAUCGCUUCCUGCAUGCAAUUCUACAGCUAAUCGAUCGGGAGACACGUAUUGGAGACCCUUUCAGUGCGGAGACUACUCAUGGACCACAAGUCGACCAUUCUCAAUAUCAUCGCAUUCUGUCCUACAUUGAGUCCGGAAGAGCAGAAGGAGCAGUAGUUCAGAUAGGUGGAGAAGCGUAUACCGGUAGUACUGGCAAAGGCUUUUACAUAAAACCUACGGUCUUCACUGAAGUAACCAAUGACAUGAAAAUCUACAGGGAAGAAAUCUUUGGUCCGGUUCUAGUAAUCACUUCGUUUGUGACGGAAGCAGAGGCUUUGGAAAUGGCGAACGACACAAUCUAUGGUUUGGGAGGAGCUGUAUUCACCCAAAAUAUCACAAAAGCUCACCGGGUUGCCCGGAAAAUUGAAGCUGGUACUGUUUGGAUUAACAGUAGCAAUGACAGCGAUAUCCGGACCCCGUUUGGUGGUUACAAACAAAGUGGAAUUGGAAAAGAGCUAGGAGAGGCUGGGUUGGCUGCGUACACCAAAGUCAAGGCCGUCCAUGUAAACUUAGGUAUCAACCUUUAG